AUGUUGUACGCUGAAGAUAACAAGCUCAUCUUCCGCUACGACGACCAUACACUCUGGCUGGAACCAUGGGGCGAGAAUGCCCUCCGGGUGCGGGCGACAAAACUAUCCCAGAUGCCUACUGAGGACUGGGCUUUGACGGAGAAGACAGCAGACGUCAGUAAGAGCGUCUCGAUUGACAUCGCCAAAGAUGGAUCCGCUACUAUCUCCAACGGCAAGAUCAAGGCUGAAGUCUCCCACCGUGGCAAGGUGAUCAUGUACGACUCCAAUGGCAAAAGACUACUAGAAGAAUAUGCUCGCCACCGCCUCGAUCUCCAGGAUCCGAAAUGCAGCGCCCUCUCCAUCGAAGCCCGAGAGCUCAAAGGCAUAGCUGGAGGCGACUUCCACUCAACCCUCCGACUAGAAUCCAUCGAUCCCAACGAGAAGAUCUACGGCAUGGGACAGUACCAACAACCCUACCUCGACCUCAAAGGCUCCGACAUCGAGAUGGCUCACCGGAACUCUCAAGCCAGCGUUCCAUUUGCUCUCUCGUCUCUCGGGUACGGAAUGUUAUGGAACAACCCCGGCAUCGGUCGCGCGGUACUAGGAAAGAACACUAUGAGCUUCGAAAACUACUCCACCAAACUAAUCGACUACUGGAUCGUGGCCGGCGACACUCCCGCUGAGAUCGUAGAAGCCUACGCCAAAGUAACCGGCUAUGCUCCCAUGAUGCCCGAAUACGGUCUGGGGUUCUGGCAAUGCAAGCUCCGCUACGAGACGCAGGAGCAGUUACUAACUGUAGCCCGCGAGUACAAGAAGCGUGAGAUCCCCCUCGACCUCAUCGUGAUCGACUUCUUCCACUGGGUGCACCAAGGCGAAUGGUCGUUUGAUCCGAAAUGCUUCCCUGAUCCUGCUGCGAUGGUCAAGGAGCUGAAGGAGAUGAACGUCGAGCUUAUGGUGUCGAUAUGGCCGACUGUUGAGCCAGCUUCGGAGAACUGGGACGAGAUGGUCGAGAAGGGUUUGUUGAUCCGGCAUGAUAGAGGUGUCAGAGUGGCCAUGCAGAUGAACGCAGAUGUGACGCACUUUGACGCCACGAACCCUGAAGCUCGCAAAUUCAUCUGGGAGAAGGCGAAGAAGCAUUAUUACGACCUCGGUAUCAAAACCUUCUGGCUGGACGAAGCGGAGCCCGAAUUUAGCAUCUACGACUACGACAUCAUUCGCUACCACUCCGGCUCUUCACUUCGAACUGGCAACAUUUACCCCAAAGAGUACGCCCGCGCAUUCUACGAAGGCCAGCAGGCCUCCGACCAAAAGAACAUCGUCAACCUCUUGCGCUGCGCCUGGGCCGGGAGCCAGAAAUAUGGCGCACUCGUCUGGUCCGGCGACAUUGCCUCCUCCUGGUCCUCCCUCCGCAACCAACUUGCCGCGGGCCUGAACAUGGGCAUCGCAGGAAUCCCCUGGUGGACGACAGACAUCGGCGGUUUCCACGGCGGCGACAUCCGCGAUCCGGCUUUCCACGAGCUCUUUGUGCGCUGGUUCCAGUGGGGAGCGUUUUGUCCUGUGAUGCGGCUGCAUGGGGAUCGGGAGCCGAAGACAGGGGAGGGGAGUGCGACGGGAGCCGAUAACGAGAUAUGGUCCUACACCCCCGAAGUCUACGAAAUCUGCAAACACUACAUCACCAUCCGCUCACAACUGCGCGACUACACCCGCUCCCUCAUGCAGGCGGCGCACGAAAAAGGCACCCCAGUCAUCCGCCCGCUGUUCUACGAGUUCCCCUCCGACAGCCAAGCGUGGGAAGCCGAGGAGCAGUACAUGUACGGGCACAAGUACCUCGUAGCGCCUGUGUUGGCGCCGGGGCAGAAGACGAUAAAGGUCUAUUUGCCGAAGGGGGCGUGGUGGGAGGACUGGGAGGGGAAGGAGAAGUACGAGGGCGGGAAGACGGUGGAGGUUGAGUGUCCGAUUGAGCGGAUGCCUGUGUUUGUGCGGAAGGCUUAG